GGCAGUCAGAGGCGGGGGCUGCCACCGCUCGGAGGUGCCACCGGCAGUCCCGGCUGACCAGACCCGACCCGACCCGACCAGACCCGACCAGACCAGACCCGACCUGACCGGAGACCAGCAGCGGCCGAGAUGAUGCCGUCCAGUCUGGUGUGGAUCCUGUUCUGUCUGCAGUCGGGCGCAGUCCUGGCGCUCGUGCUGCCACUCAGAGAUCUGGACUCCCACUCGCCGUACGCCAUGCGACCUCCACACGCGUUCCGCCGUCUGCUGGGACACAAGAGAGCCGAACACUCGGCCUGGUCGGCCCCCGGCGCCUCCGAGGACCUCAACUGGAAGCGUGCUCCCAACGGGCUCGGAGCCAGUGGCUUCUACGGCGACGUCUUCAACCAGGGCUUCGGCGCGUUCUCCCCGGUGAAGAGAGGAUUUCACGCAGGCGGCAGGAUGCACAAGGCGACUGGCGGAAGAUUUAAUGAAGGUUCCGUUGGUGAGGGAUUCGAGACGGCGAAGAGGCGACCGGAGAUGACCGCCAGCGGAUUCUACGAUGACGUUUUCAGGGGAGGCAUGGGACUCUUCGAGCCAAUGAAGCGCAGACCCGAGAUGUCGGCAAGCGGAUUUUAUGACGAUAUCUUCAGAGGAGAUAUGGGACACUUUGAACCCAUGAAGCGUAGGCCCGAAAUGUCAGCGAGCGGGUUUUAUGACGACGUUUUCAGAGGCGGCAUGGGCCACUUUGACACGAUGAAACGGGAGGUGGGCGGCGGGCCGUCCGUCGAGCCGUCAGCCGUCUCUCAGGAGCUCACCGGGCCGAGACUGGCCUCCGAUCGCUCGGCGGACGAACUGGACGAGCCACGCGCCAAACGGCACGCCGAGGACGAGACGCUGUCGGCCCAGGGGCUGGUCAGCGAGCGGCUCUCCGGUCCGGAGCACCAGUUCAGUACGAUGCGGUAGGCGCCCGACGGGACGGCCACCUCAACGCCAUCUGGCUGCAAUACUGGAACGACUCGCACGGCUAGCUGUCAUGUCGGAGCGGUUCAACGCAUAGCUCUCUCUCCGAAAGAAGUUGAGAUAUGGCUAGAUUACUAUGAUCCGUAUUCUAUGAACCAUUUCAAAUUGAUGCUUAUUUUUAUAAAUAACUUACUGGUUAUCUUGGGGAUUUGAAUAGCUCUUUGAACUGUUUUCUUCAGGGCCU